UUUGGUUCGCAUCCGACGUUCUAGUCGAAAUAUUGUCGCGAAUCGGUUUGGUAACGUGAAAAAUUGAUGCUGACAACGUUGUGCAAUUUUUUUUAUAUUUGAAUAUUUUGUAGAGAAAAUAGAGCAAGUGAAAAUUGUUGAGACAGCUGUUGAAUUAUUUCCAGACACCGAUUUGGUACACUUCAACUCGAUGCUUGUGAAGUGGAGUUUUGUUGGACUCCUUUUGUUUCUUUUGUUAUUUUGGUGAAAAAUUCAAAAAUAAACAAAACAUAAUCCAAAUAAUAGAAGUAACACACAGCAGUAAGAAACUAACCAGACUAACAAAAUGGCCGCUCUAACCAUAUCCCGUCGCAGGGAAGUAAUGCAAAAAGCCGGUUGGAAGAUUGACCAACACGAUGAGGCUUGCUACAUUGACAUUGAUGAAAGCGAAGAUGAAGCACUGGCAGUAGACGAUAACAACUACUCGCACUGGAAUACUUUACCGGACAUAUUGUUGGAGGAGAUUUUCUCAUAUCUAACUUACAGAGAGCGCUACUAUGCAAGUUUGGUAUGCAAGCAUUGGUAUAACGCCUUUUAUCUGCCCAUGGUUUGGUACAACUUUCUAGUUGACGAUCGAACACUCACACGCGCUAAGUAUAACUACUACUCAGGCUGGCAAUAUUGUUUAGAUCACAUGCGUACGCAGAAUUGUCUUUCACGAGUUGGUAAAUAUUUGCGCGGGUUGGAAUUCCGACCAGAGCAUAGCUUCAAUAACAUUUUUCAAUUCAUGACAAUGCUCUCAUGGAGUAUGGAAAAAGGUUCUGGUGUGAAACCACCAGCUGAUCUUAAGGAUGUUGGCUCGCGCAUACGAUCUCUUGUCUAUGUGUUUCCCUGCAAUAUGUCGCAAGCGAACGAUCCAGAAGGCAUCAAACUCUUCGGCACUGGCGGUCAAUUGCUCAAAGGUCUCAAGGAACUGUUGUCUAAAUUACGUGAUCUACGCACUUUGAAACUAAUUGAUUUUGUAUUGGAACGCUUCGAGGCAAAACAUCUGCUCGAUGAAGUGCUGGAGGCGUGCUGCACGAAGAUGCGCGUACUGAAUCUGGUGAAUGUCACAACCACUCACUGUCCAAUAAUGCAUGUGGGGCUGUUCAUCAACUUGCAGAUUCUGACGAUUUCGCCACAAAACAUAGACGACGAUGUUUUGUUGCUAUUAGCCGAUACAAAACUGAAACAUCUGCAUUUGUUGCAAAACCGUUACACUUCCACGUAUUUAUCCAUUUCGCCCUGCACUGUGAAGGCGUGGCGACAGCUGAAACGUGAUAAUCCCAGGCUAAAAGUGCAUCUGCGCGUCGAAUCGAUGGGCGAUGGCGAAGUUGUUUUUCAGCCAGAAGCGCCAGUGUACAGCAUCACCUACGAGUCACCAAAAUCGAAGAUCAAAACUGAUUUCAUCCUGCGUAUGGUGGAUAAUUAUAAAACUAGGCUCAGCGUUUAUGGGUAUGAGAUGCUGCCCCGUUUUACUAGUCCCAAGCCGUUUCACAAUCGAGUCGAUAGCCUGAUGAUGCUGAUUAGUCGACAAUGUUUCAAUCUGCAUACUUUGUUUAUACGCGAGAAAGUGUCUACCUCCACAGUGUUGCUGAUUGCGCGAACCGCCAAAAACUUGCGUCGGCUCCAUGUGCGUCGCUUUGCGGUCAUUAUACGCUGCGAUUGGCCGCGACAUCCAGAAUGGACUGAUGAGUUCUAUAUUUGGCUGAGGCACACGUCGCGCUCCUAUGAAUCGGUAGAGCGCGAGGUGUCACAGAUACUUGGCCAUGAGUGGAAUUUUCUCAGUGAUUGUGAGUACAAGCAACUUCAGGUGGAUGUGCGAAGAGAGUUCUAAUUGAGAGAAAUGUGAUAUUAUUUGCAUAUGUAUGUACUAUAUGUGCUUAGAUGCUUGCUCAAAUGCUUACGCAUAGUUGUUAGUAGUUUUAUAUUUAUUUGUUAAAAAGAAAAAACAAAAAACAAUAAUAAAGUAACAAAAAUAUUGAUGAAACAUUUUAACAUAUGCAAAUAUUGAAUGGGACUUCACAUGGGUCAUGAGGC